AGAGCUUUUAACGAGCAAUCAAGUCUUCUUUCUCUCUCUCGCCUGCAAGAAUCACUCCCUAUCAACCUAGAUUUUUCUUCUUUCAUCAUUACUUCUAUAUUUGAAAAAAAAACUAAGCUAAAGCAGCAAUGAGCAGCUUCCCUGAGGUGCACGCGUCGAAGCACGCCCAGCGCACUCUGCAGCCGCUUACCGAGCUGACGGACAAGAUGAAGCCGUCGCAUAGCACGAAGCCUCUCAUCAAGCUCUCCAUGGGCGACCCGACCGCCGACGGCAACUUAGUCGCGCCGCAGAUCCUCGUGGACGAGAUGGUGGACAUCGUGAAGUCGAAGGACUUCAACGGCUACCCGCCCGUCGCCGGCUUCAACGAUGCUCGCCAGGUGGUGGCCGAGUACUGGAAGAAGUUCUGCGGCACGCCGGGGCGUAAGGAUCAGAUCCACUGGAGGAACGUGCUCCUCACCUCGGGUGGCUCGCACGCGAUUAUGCUGGCCAUCAGCGCGCUGUGCAACGAGGGCGACAACCUGCUGGUCGGCGCACCGGCCUUUCCGCACUAUAAGACCGUCUGCGACAGCUACGGCGUGGAGUGCCGCUACUUCCCGCUGGAUGCGGCGCGAAAUUGGGAGGCCGACCUGGACGCCGCGGCGAAACUGGUGGACAGCAAGACGCGUGGUGUGCUCUUUGUGAACCCCUCCAACCCUUGCGGCAGCAACUACAGCCGUGCGCACGUGGGCGAGAUUAUCGAGUUCUGCGAGAAGCACCACCUACCCCUGAUCAGCGACGAGAUCUACGCCGAGCUCGUCUUUAAGGACGAGGUGUUCACCUCGAUCGCUGACUUCGACACGGACGUGCCGCGCGUGGUGCUGGGCGGUUCGGCUAAGCACGCCGUCACUCCCGGUUGGCGCAUCGGCUGGCUCAUCCUUGUCGACCGCAAGGAGGUGGCGACGGCGUGGAUGAAGGGUAUGGACCGGCUGGCCCAGCUGCUGACGGGCUCGAACUCCAUCGGACAGAUGUCGCUCGUGCGUGCCCUGACGAAGAUCCCGCAGGACCACGUGGACAGCGUCAUUGCGCAGCUGGAGGAGGGGGCGAAGGUGUACAACCGCCUGCUGAAGCAUGACAUCGGUCUCUCCUUUGACGCCCCGCGUGCGUCGAUGUUCAUCAUGUUGAAGGUGGAUUUCAACUACUUCAAGGACAUCGCGACGGACAUGGACUUCUACGAGAAGCUGCUGGAUGAGGAGAACGUGCAGGUGCUGCCGGGCGAGAUCUUCGGCGUGCACGGCUUCGUGCGAGCCACGACGUCACGCCCGGCCCGCAUCGUCAACGAGGCGGUUGACCGCAUCAUCGAGUUCUGCGAACGUCACAAGAAGUAG